CUUACUUAUGAUGACCUUUCUUGUCUUGUAAUGACCUCUAAUGACCUGUCAUUAUAUCUGACUACAUAUGUUGCAUUUUAAUAAUCCUUCUCUUGCUCUUCGAUGGCCUCUCCUUACCCAUAUUGACCUCUUAAGACCUUUUGACCUCUGUUGACCUCUUCUGACUUUGGUUACCUCUUUUAACCUCUGAUAAGGUUCAUUGACCUCUGAUGCUGACCUCUGGUGUUGACAGGAGCUGAGGUUACUCAACCUGGCAGGCAACAUGCUGCGUCACGUGACCGGCCUCCGAGGUAUGGACUGCCUGGUGGAGCUCAACCUCCGAAGGAACCUCAUCCGCACAGCCUCCGACCUCCACUACCUCCCGCGCCUCGAGAAGCUCUUCAUGGGUUAUAAUGAAAUAUACAGAUACGAGGACAUUUCGUGCCUUCAGAACUGCUUGAAGCUGCGGGAGUUAUCACUGGAGGAGAACCCUUUAAGCCGUCAACCCCACUAUUUCCACCAAGCUGUUACUAGAUAUUACAGGCUCAAGAGGUUAGACGACCAGGAACUGACGAUGGAAACCCGCAGGCAGUCGGAGAAGCACCUGCAGAAGGCCCGGGAGAAGGAGAAAGCCCAGGCCACACGCAUAAGUGAUGAAGAGAAGCGGAAUUCAGCCAUCACAAAUGCCAUGAAACACUGGUUAGUGGUGAAAAAAGAUCACAAGAAACUCAUCAGGAAAGCUAGUGAUGCCUCCACAAGUACUAGCGACCCACCUCCCUCUAAGGGCAGUGAUAACAUGGAGAUCUCCAAUAGCUGUUGUGAAGACACUGUGUCCAAUACUACAGGAGAGGUAGAAGAGGAGAAAUUAGAAGUAGCUGCUACUAGCGAUAAAGGUGAAGAAGAGAUAGGAGAAGAUAAGAAAGAUGAAGCACAAGAGGAUGAUAGAACAUCUAUAAUCUCCGUGAUCAGCGGUAUCUCAGAUAUUAGUUUAGUUCACAAGGGCACUGAACGGAGAUUGAGUACUUCAGCUGUAAAUUCCUCGCGAGAGAAUGUGACUGUAAAUGCUUUAAAUAAUUCGAUACAAGCAAUUAAACAGUUCAAACUGAACAGUCCCAGGACGGAGAAUAAAAUUAAUCUAUCGCGAAGUAAAUCUUAUACUGAUAUGAGGGUUUUGAGGAGGAAAAAUUCCUUUGAGGGUGAUGGUCCAUCGAGAUCGAAGUCAGUUCGAGCAGUUAAUAGUGAUGUUUUGGGAGGGGUAGGAAAGGCCAGUGAGAAAAUUAGUAUAGAUGCAGCUACAAAGGCUACUGUAGCUGUGAAAAAUGUUCCUGUAGUCCGCCGUGUUGUUACAAGACUCGGCAGUGCUCAAAAUCGAGGUACGGAGAAAUCACGACCUCGAAUUAUGGCGAAUGAGGUUUUAAAACACGCGAACUCAAAAAAUUCCGAUUUGCUCAAGAAAUCCGAGUCGCUGAAGGGCGCUGGUCAUCUCCCUGAUAAGAUAGUGACCGCAGCCAUUACACGAGUCAGGUCUAAUCUAAGUCUUCCCAUACAGAGCCCAGAGACCCCAGUCUCUCCCAGAAAUGCGGUCUCCGAGCCAUCGGAGAUCGACUCGAGUUCGGAUGCGGAGUCUGCAACUACUGCCACCACCACGAACACCGCUGCUACUCCCACCAGCUCCGUUGAACCCACCUCCCAGCCAAGUAAUCGCCCCCAUCACAACCUGGCCGACCUCAGGAUCCCACUCUCCAGAUCAAAAGACCUGGAAAAACCCACAUGUGAAAAAGAAAAAACCCUCCCUGCUGCGAACCCAAAUCCAACUGGAAUUCUACGAGAACAAGGACCCAACUUCUUAGCAGAACUAGAAGGUGAGCGACUCAACCUUUAUGGCCAGGGAGCACUCCGCUGUACAGACAUUCCCUGGGACAAGACAAUGGCUUCUGGGGCCACUACAGCACGUUUCCAAUACAUGAACUUCGAGGAUAUCGUUGACAUAUUCCCUAAAUUGCGCGUCAAGUUCCCACGAUUGGAGAACUUCGUGUUCGUGGAGACACACCUUACUAAAUGCAGCCAGCUUAAUGCUCUGGCUGAACUUCACCAGGUGACGUCCUUAGAAGUCGGUAGAGAAGGUAAUCCCUUGACACAGACACCAUACUGGAGGCUGUAUGCUAUCUUCAGGCUGACACACUGGGGCCUACGUGUGAUUGACAAUGUUGAGGUGAGUGAGGAGAGGCGGACAGAAGCAGCUGUAAUUUUCCCUCGCCUCUAAGCACUCAUUCACCUGUCUCCACGAGACCACUGUCAAGCCUUCCUCUCAAACACCAACCAACACUCACCCGACCACCACACCACCUGCCCAUCACCUGGCUCCUCAGGACAGCAGGAUGUUGUAGGCUCCAGGGAUAUGGAGGCUCCGCGACUCAAUGUUCCACAUCUACAGGAUCUUAUAGGCAAAGAAGCUCUACAGCACCGUCCCACCGCUCGUCUGACACAGGAUGAGAGCAUGGCACUGGUGUUCGCUGGUAGACAAGCUCGCCAGCUGGCUGUAUGGACGUUCGACUCCUUACACCGGCUUCACGUUCAUCAUUCAACUUGGCCCUCAGUUCUGCAUGACUUAGUCCGUGACGCCGUCACCGACCUGGCCAAGCCCACCUAUGGCAAGCAAUGUCUUGAAGACGUCAAACGCAGCCUAGGAUGGAAAAAAUAGUGUUAUGGAUUAAUGUAAAUGUUAAUGUAAUGGUUCCAUGAGGAGAGAUGUAUGGACAAGUUUCCUAAUACCUUACGCUCAGGUACCUAUUUACACUGCUGUGUGAACAUGGACAGUAACUGUAUGGAAUUCUGCCUAUACAUAAGUAGGAAAAUGGGUGUUAGUUAACAGUCACUGGUGGCAUUCUGAGUAUGUCUAGACGAAUGGGUAAGUUUCUCUACACCUGAGGAAAGUCGAGCAAAGUAGCUGAUGUCCCGUUAUUCCGUAUGUCUUGAAAGAGGGAGUAAGGGGGGGGGGGCUGUAAAAUGAUAACACAUACUGCCCCUUAUUAUCUUUCAGUAAAUAGAUACCUGGAUCAAGCACAUAGAUUUUCAGAAUAAUUACAUCUAAAGACUUUAUCAGUUAGUAGGCAAUAUUAGUUGGUUAUCACUGAGUUAUUUCUUUUGGUCUAAAGAUUGCUAAACUCGAUAGUAAAAACCAUUUGAUGUAACAGUCUGUUUGCUGGUUCAAACAGGUUUCUGCUACAGUAGAAUGCUCUGAUUAUCUGAUUCCUUGUAGAGAGUCUUGGUUAAAUUCGAUUUCCUGUACACUCAGAGUUCUGGUUCGUAGUUAUGGUACAGUCUGACUGCUGAUACACUCUGAUUUAUGGCACAAUCAGCAUACUACUACAAUCUGAUUAAGGUUACAGAGUACUAAUUCAAAAUGGUUGAUAAUACAACGAGAAUGAUGGUACAGUACGAUUUAUGGUACAAUGACUGCUGGUAUAAUAUCAUUUAUUGUACUGUGUGCUUGGAAAACCUUAUUUAUUGUUCAGACGGCUGGAAUCUGAUUUAUAUUACAAUCAGAAUGCUGGCGCAAUCUGAUUUAUAGUACCGUUGGAGGACUGUACAUUAUGAUUUGUAGUGCAUAGUGCGGAUACAUCCUGAUUUCUUGUUCCAUCAGAAUGCUAGUACAGAGUAACUGUCCAAUCACUGUGCAAUCAGAGCACCGAAACAUUUUGAUUUCUGGUGCAAUCAGAAAUCUUUCAGUCACUUAUGAGAAAAUCUGAGCGAUAAUGCAGUCUGAGUGUUGGUACAAUCUGAUUUAUAUUUAUUCAGAGUGCCGGUGCCAUCUGAUUUAUGACACAAUAAGUAUUCUGGUACAGUUUAAUUUCAUGGUACUGUGUGAGUGCUAGAAUAAUCUGAUUUCUUGUUAAAGAAUAAAUAGACACAAUACCGUGACUGGAACAAUACAUGACUUUAGUCUCUUCCAACCAUAUCUUGAUUCACUUAACAAUCUUCUUCAUUCCAUCCUGUUCAAAAUUGAAUGGGGAUCUAACUCUCUCCUUCCUUUUCUUGACGUACAUGUUCAUCUCCGUGCUCCCCACAUUUGUGACCCACAGUUCUUGACUCGGUAAUUUCUACUCUUUCCAGUUCCUUCUCUCGCCUUGUUUACCCUUCUGUCUUCAUAAACUCUGCUUACUCACUUGCUAAACGGACUUUCUUCUCUCCCAAACUUUCCACUCCUGCGAAAUCUCCUCUUCUUUGCCUUCCCUGUAUUUCUACUCUCCCUAAUCUUAACAACUCCCUCCGAUCCUCAGACAUCAACUUGCUUUUCUCCCAACUAACACCUUUUGGAGUAAUCUGGUUAGUACCUCUUCCUCCUGGUACUGAUGCUUCCGGAGUCCACUCUGUUUCCUUCUCCUCUUGUCACAUCCAAUACUUCGUAGAAAAUGGCCGCUCAAAGAGUACUUCAACCAUUAUACUACAACCUCCUCUCGUUCUGCUCCUUGCCUCUCCCUCUUCUUGCAUUUAUACUGACACCAUUCCCUUCCCUCUUCUUGGAGACUAGUUAAUGGUCCUGGUCAGACCGAAAAGUCGUCGUAAGUUUUAUUCUCCUACAGCACUGAUUUCUUGUUCAAAGUCCUGGUACAAUCUGAUUAAAUUAAUGAGAAUGUUGGUAGAAUCUGAUUAAUUGUACAGAGUGCUGUUGCAAUCUGAUGUAUGGCACAAUCAGUGCUGGUACAAACUGAUUUAAAGCACAUUUAGAGUG